AUGGAUCUCAUCGUCUCUCUCAUCCCCGACCGCUCCUGCUGGGUGCGACUGCCCCUCCACUUCCUCCACUCCCUCACUCUCUCCUCCUCUUCCGAUGAACCCCCUCCCGCCCCUCUCCUUCUCGACCUUCGCCGAACCUCCCCUCCUCCCUCCUCCCAACCCUCGUCUCACGCGUCUUCCCACGCCUCUUCCCAAGCCUCUUCCCGAGCCUCUUCAUCCCGAGCCUCGGCCAAACCGCUCUUUUUGGCUUGGGGCGGAGCCGCGGCAGCAGGUUCGGCGCUGGAGGUUCCGCGGGAGUUGGGGGAGUGUCUGGGGCUGGCGGAGGGGGAGAGGGUGCGCGUAAGGGUGCGCCUGUGGGGAAGCAUCCCGCCCGCGGAGGCCGUCCACGUGGCACCUGCCACGUCAGACGACUGGGAGGUGCUGGAGCUGAAUCCGGCGCUUCUGGAGGAGACCAUUCUGCAGCAGGUGGGUGCGGUUGCAGCAGGGCAGUCCUUCCCCAUAUGGGCGCAGGGGCAGGCCCCCCUGCGCCUGUGCGCGCUCUCCGCGUCCCCGUCCCCCUUGGUGCGCCUGGUGCCCGGGUCUGAGGCGAUUGCCACGUCAGCAGCAAGGAGUUCGGCAGCAGAAAGCAGCAGGGGAGGUGGGGAGAGCGGUGGAUUGGUGGUGGAGCCGGCAGGGUGUGUGUUUGUGAGCAAGGCGGACUGGAAGCGAGUGGGAGGGGCACAGCUGCAGCACGGGUCUUCUUCUGUAGAACCCUCACAUGCAGCACACGAAAGCAGGAGUAAGAAGAGGAGCGAGAACGGCAAGAAAAUAGAGAGUGAGAGCAGGAGUGGGAGUGAGGGUGGAAGCAGGAGUGAGGGAAAGAUGGGGGGUGCGGGGGGUGCGGGGGGUGCGGGGUCAAGGAGAGGAUCCGGGGGAGCAGGAGCAGGAGGGGCAGCGGGAGGGGGAGGGAGUGCCAUAGGUGAUCAUUACCCAGGGAACGAGCAGCAGCAGAUUCAGCAGCUGGAUCGGCAGCAGCAGGCACGGUCAGGAGUGGUUGGAGUGGGUGCUGCUGUGGAAGCAGCAGAAAGGCAUUGGAGGAGAGUAGCUGGGUGGAGGGGAAGCGAGGGGGAGAGGACUAAAGGGCGAGAGAGGGGUGCUGGAAUGGAGGAGGGGGAGAGAAAGGAGAGAGAGGAGGAUGAGGGGAGGGAGCCAGCAGGGCGUUUUAAGCCGUCUCAAAAGGAGAGGAAUCCAGGGGUGCAGGCGCUGGCGUGUGUGUUGCUGCAAGGAGGGUCGGAUCAAGCAAAGGGAGGCCCGGGGCAAGCAAGGGAAGAGAUGGGAGUGCCUCUGGUGGAUGGUGCCGUGCUGAGACUGGUGUGGUGGGAUGAAGCGGAAAGGGACAGACCGGAUUGGGACAGAGCGGGCCGGGACAGAGCGAAUCAGGGUGGAGUGGAUGGGGAUAGGGCUGCAGAGGGAGGUGAGGGAACAGCAACGGCAACAGCAGCAUCACUGCCUGCAGCAAGAGUAGCAAGGGACACUCUCUUUCUUCUCACCUUUGGCUCGCCGCCAGGGGGACGCACUCGCCCUGCUGCCGCUGCUGCUAGUGGUGCGGCUGGUAGCGCUGCGGCUGAUUCCACCUCCAGUAGUGGCUUAGGUAACUCGCAGUAUGACACGCUUAGACAGCAGCAGCAGCAGAUGGGGGCGUUGAGUGCUUUAGCAGGAGCAGUGUUGGGAGGAAGCAUGGGGCUGGGAGGAACGGGAGGGCGGGGGAUGAUGAGUGGUGGUGGAACCAUGGGGCCAGGCAGUAUGGCAGGAGGGAUGGGGCCUGGCAGCAGCAUGGGAGGAAUGGGUGGAAUGGGUGCGUAUGGGAGUGCUGCACCAAUCCCUGGCUCUAUAUCUCAUGGGUCGACAGUGGGAUCUUCAAAUAGACCCUCACAUGGACAUCCUUCUGAAGCUUCCAAGACGCUUCCUGCCGUCCGGGCGGCUGCCAGCGAGGCGGUCGACAGCCUGGCGCUGCUGGCGGCCGUCCAAUUGCAGCGCAGCACUGUAGCACUGGGAGCUCCCAUGGAGUGGGCUGUCCCCUUUACAAGCAGCCCCGGACUCGUUUAUAGCCCUGUGCAGGCCCAGUCAGCAGCAUCGUCGCAUCAUAACUCAGUCAUCUCUCCGGGUCACUCCUCUGAUAAUGUCUCUCCUGUGCUUUCUGCUCUGCUACCCCUGCCCUCUCCCUCAGCACCACCACUAAGCACACCAGCAGCACUGACAUCAGUAACAGCAUCAUCAGCAUCAGCAGCAGCACCAUUGAAAGCCAUCGCACCACCCCUAGAUCACCCCUUCUCCUUCACCCUCUCCUGGCUGCACCAACCAGCCACCACUGCCCUCUCUCGCCUCCUCGCCUCUCUCUCCCUCCCCUUCCGCCUCACCCGUCGCUCUCUCCGCCUCCCUGCCCCAGGCUCCAUUCUCCUCCACGGCCCCCCUGCCAGUGGCAAAACCUCCCUAGCUUCGGCCCUGGCCUGGCAGGUUCGGAACGAUCGGACCUGCCUCGCGCACACGGAGUUUGUCAGCUGCUCCAGGCUCGGGUCCGAACCUGCGAAGGAGGUUCGGGGGGUGCUGGGGAGGGCGGUGGCGCGGGCCAAUGAGAGGGCGCCAGCUGUCAUCGUGUUGGACGAUCUGGAUGUGCUGGUUCCGGGGGCGAGUGGGGGGCCGGAGGAAGGGACAGGUGGCGGCGCGGGAUUGGUGGAGUUUAUUGCUGACCUGAUGGAUGAAUGUCAGGUGAGCAGCAUGGUGACGCGGCAUGUGUAUGGUGCGCAUUUGAUAGGGAACAUACACGAAUGCAAGAUCAGCAGCCAUGCCUUUCACUCUCACAUCUCUGCCCCCUCUCGCCGCCGUCCUCAACUCACUUCACCUCCCUUCACCUCCCUUCACCUCACUUUUCCUUACUUAUCCUCUCUUCUCCUCACUUCACCUCACUUCACCGCACUUCACCUCACCUCACCUCUGUCGCCCCCCUCCCUGUCCGUCCUCUUCCCUCUUUUUCUCCCCUUACUUCUCUCCCAGGCCCACCAGGCCCAUAGCGCCAUCUCUCCGUGCUGCUCCCUCUUUCCUCUCUUUGCCCCUCCCCUCCCCUCCAUCUACUCCCCUCCAUCUACUCCCCUCCAUCUCCCAGGCCCACCAGUCACCCAUUGCCUUCCUAGUAACAGCCCCCUCCCCAUCCGCCAUAGCGCCAUCUCUCCGUGCCGCAUGCCGAUUCGACACCCCUGUCGAGCUACCCCCCAUGGGGGAGGGCGACAGAGCAGCGCUGCUCAGGCGGAUCCUGAUUCUUGUGGUCACUCUUUUCCUCUCUCCCCUCCCCUCCCAGUGUCACUCACUCUCUACCCUCCCACACUCCCUUUCCCUCCCGCUCCCCUUCCCUCCAUGUCCCAGGCCCAUCAGGCCCCCAUAGCCUUCCUAGCAACAGCCCCCUCGCCAUCCGCCAUAGCCCCUCAACUCCGUGCCGCAUGCCGCUUUGACACCCCUGUGGAGCUACCCCCCAUGGGGGAGGGCGAGAGGGAAGCACUGCUCAGGCGGAUCCUGCAGGAGAGGGGGAUUGGGUGGCUCGGGGGGGAUGCUCUGCUCCAAUCGGUGGCCGCCAGGUGUCAGGGCUGUGACGCAUCGGAUCUUGAGGUGCUAGUCGAUCGUGCGGCUCACGCGAGGCGAGGGCAUGUGAUGUUCGAAGCAGGGAGAAGGGGAAAGGGUGGGGAUGCGGGUGGGGGUGGGGAUGGGUUUGGGGAAGGUGAGAGUGAGGGCGGAGGGGGAGGAGAGAAGAAAGGGGGAAGAAUUAUCAGAGGCAGAGUAACCAUGUUGGCAUCAGGAACGGGCAGGGGAGAGCAGCGGCCGCCACAGGAGCAGGUGGAGCAGGAGCAGCAGGAGCAACCAGAGCAGUCGAUGCAGCAGGGGCAACACGGGGAGAAGGUGCAGCAGGAGCUGCAAGAGCAGUCAAUACAGCAAGUGCACCAGCAGCAACACGCGCUCCUUCUUUCCGAGCCAAACUUCACCUCCGCCCUCCAGGGCUUCGUCCCAGCAGCCGUGCGCGGCGUCGCCAAGCUCUCCUCCUCCUCCGACCCCUCCUCCUCCUCAUCCUCCUCAUCCUCCCCCCAGCUAGGCUGGGACGACGUGGGAGGAAUGGCCGACGCCCAAACAGCCCUGCGAGAAGUCCUAGAGCUCCCAGCCCAACACUCCCAUAUCUUCGCCUCAGCUCCUCUCCGCCUUCGCACCGGUGUGCUUCUCUUCGGCCCUCCCGGGUGCGGGAAGACGCAUAUUGUCGGCGCUGCUGCUGCUGCGUGCGGGAUCCGGUGUGUCUCGGUGAAAGGCCCGGAGCUGUUGAAUAAGUAUAUUGGAGCUUCGGAGCAGGCGGUUCGGGACGUGUUCUCCCGAGCCUCCCGUGCCGCUCCGUGCAUUCUGUUUUUCGACGAGUUUGACGCGAUUGCGCCGCGGAGAGGGCAUGACAGCACGGGGGUGACUGACAGGGUAGUGAAUCAGCUUCUAACGGAGCUGGAUGGUGUGGAGGGGUUAGAGGGGGUUUUUGUGGUGGCCGCUACGAGCCGUCCAGAUCUGAUCGAUCCAGCUCUGCUGCGUCCUGGACGGUUGGAUCGGCUCGUGCUCUGCGAUUUCCCCGGGGAGGAGGAUCGGCUGGCGAUCCUGCGCGCGCUUUCCAGGACGCUUCCUCUGGGUGCUGACGUGGACCUUGCUGAGCUGGCGCGGCGCACGGAGGGGUUCAGUGGGGCGGAUCUUCAGGCCUUGCUGGCAGAUGCACAGCUGGCGGCGGUGCAUGCUGUGCUGGAUGAGAGUGAGAAGGAGGGAGGAGGGGAGGGUGAGGGAGGGGGAGAAGGGAAGAGUGAGAAAGUGGAAAGAGGGAAGGAGGAGGGAGCUGGGGAGGAGACUAGAAAUGGAGAUGGAGGGGACGAGAAGGCAGCAGUGGAAGAGGUAACAGGGAGGGAGGCUGAGGUGGAAGCAGAAGCAGGGAGGCAGGCAUCAGGGACAGGAGGGGCAGCAGACGAGGCAGCAGGUACUGAGGACCAGAAGAAGCAGCAGAGAGGGAAGGCAGGAGCAGCGAGGAAGGGCAGAAAGGGCAGAAAGGGAAAGAAAGCAGAGGGUGUGGAGGCAGGGAGACCGGUACUGGUGAGGUUGCAUCUGGAGCAGGCUGUGGGCAGUGUGCGGCCGUCCGUGUCAGCAGCAGAGAGGCAGCGACUGUCGGAUAUCUACGAUGAGAUGAUGGGGGCGAGGAAGGGGAGCAGCGCUGCUGCUAUGGCGGAGAGGAAAGGGAAAAGAGCAACCCUGGCUUAG